AGCGCUACAAUCGGCCACAAUAGGCGGUGGGAGUGGACACGCCGGAGCCGAGCGGGCGGCGUGUCUCCACGGGAUCCACUCCUGCAGGAGGUGAGGUGAUAGCGCUCUCCGAACCCCCCCCCUCUCCUCUCCUCCGGUGUGAAACAGGAGCCGGGAGCAGGAUGUAUUGAUCGGUUUGGCUGCGGCGCUUCUCCAGCGGGUCCUCUAUGCGUCAGCCCUGGGAAUGGAUCAGGAAUCCGCUGCGGCGUCUGGGGGCAGUUUAAUCUCCCUGAACGAACACGAGCAGAGGUAUUACUCAGGUCUCCAUGCUCGGUGCCAGGCUGACACUCCCGGGAAACUGUCGUCCAGCAAAGUGGCAGAGCUGUUUAAGGCUUCCCAGCAACCUCCUGAAUCCCUGCACAAAGUGACCGAGGUCUGUGGAGCAAAGCAUCUGGGUUACUUUGGUACUCCCCAGUUCUACAUCGCCCUGAAGCUGCUAGCAGCCGCCCAGUCAGGUCUGCCCAUCCGCCUGGAGAGCGUGAGCACCACCAAUCUACCUCUGCCCAGAUUUGCUGGGCUUAAGCAUGAGCCAGAUGUGCGACACCCAGCAGCUCCUCCUGGCCCAGAUGCACAGGGGGCUCAGUGCGGGUCUGCUCCCGUCUCCUGGACUCCUGCUGACAGGAGCACCUUCAGGCCCGUGGAGACCAGUGCAGACAAAAAGGAGCCGUGGUCCCCACCUCGUUCCCCAUGUAGCUCGCCACCUCGGUCUCCUCUCGCCUACCACAGCUACCCAUAUGCCAAGCAGAGAAACGGCGUUGAGGCUCAGAUCACUCCUGAAAGUAAACGUAGUUCCCGACCGAUGGUUCCGCUGGAGCAGCACUCCUCUCCCUGCCACUAUGGUGUCAAACCCACCAUGGAGCAUCUUCAGGCAUUCUCAGCAGAGAGGCCCAGUCAGCCGGGGACAGUGGACUACUCUGAUGAUGACGCCUGGAGGAUCACAGGAGAACAGCUGGAGUAUUACACGAAUCAAUUCAAAAGCCUCCAGCCUGACAUGGGAGCCCGGAUCCUGGGAGCUGUAGCAAAGAACUUUUUCACUAAAUCCAAGCUGCCGAUACCAGAGCUCUCCCACAUUUGGGAACUGAGUGACGUGGACAGAGAUGGAGCACUCACCUUCACGGAGUUCUGCAUAGCCUUUCACUUGAUCGUGGCCCGCAAGAAUGGUUACGCCCUCCCAGAGAGCCUCCCUGCAGCCCUGCAGCCUGGGUUCAUGCAGCAUGAAGAGGAAAUACCUGACACCCCUGAAAGUUCGGAGCCUUUGAUUGUCUUUGAGGAUGCAGAACCACGGUCUUAUCAGAUGGGUCAACGCAUCACAGUGAGGCUGCAGCCAAGCUUGAGCUCAAACAAGCAAGAACUGGAUGAAGAACCGCUUAAAGAAGAGGCAAGUGUGAAGAGCCUGACCUCAUCUCAAGAGAAACCGCGUCUACGUCAGGGAGCUUUUCCUGAUCGACCAGAGCCACCUCAGGACUUAGACCCACAGAUGAAGACAAAAACCAGACCGAGGUCCUACUCCAGCACUUCUAUUGAAGAUGCUAUGAAGAAGGUGGAGGAGCCUCCCACCCCACCUCCACGCCCUCAGAAAACCCACUCCAGGGCCUCCUCGCUGGACCUCAACAAGCUCCUCCAGCAGGGGGCGCCAGGGGUAAAAGGUGGAUGGCUGCUGCAUCCUCCAGCCCUCCCUCCCAGACCAUCAGCCUCACAAGUUCCUCAUUUUCUCACCGUUUCGGAGAAAACUCCCCAGAAUAAAGUGCAGCAGCCAAACUUUGCUGACUUCAGUCACUUCAGAGAAGAGGAGGAGAGCAGCAUGAAACCUGAAGACCAGAGGCCAGCCUCUGGAUUUGGGCCAAGUACCGAAGACCUGACAAAUAAUUCAAAACAGGAUGGAUCGGGAUCUUCUCACUGUCAGGCCCCUCAGAAACCCGUUAGAAGGAAAUACCUCCCAGAGAGCCAGAACCGGGAGACUGGACCCCCACCUGGCAUGGUGUUUCCCCCAUCUGCCAAACCGAGCCAAAAGCUGCUGUCCCGACAGAAGAGGGAAAUCCAGAUGGCCAUCCGUAAAAACAGGGAGACCAACACCGUGCUGACACGCCUCAACAGUGAGCUCCAGCAGCAGCUCAAGGUGGUGCACCAGGAGCGGGUCACCUUGGAGUCCCAGCUGGAGCUCCUGCGGCCUCUGGCCUCGACGUAACUGAGCCCGAGCUCCAGGCCCGGUUAGGGUCACGCUGCCGACCCUUCACCCCAGUACAGCCGUUUUUUCUAUUAAAGACAAGUGUUUAAAUCACCAACACAUUGUUUCUGACUUCAUCUUAAAGGGCUGAUAGAGGAAGCAAAAACAAAAUGACUGACACACAGGGAACCGUCUCAUCGCGUGUUUUACUUUAAUGUUGAUCUCACGCAGGAAUGAACCAUGUGCUGUUUUAACCACGAUGUGUGUUUAAGUGUAGAAGACGGUCAAACUUAUUUUUCUACUCUGCUGUUCUGUUGGUUUCUUUAUGUAAAUGCUAACAUGUUUACAGAAUGUGGAAUAGUUUGCACACCUUGUCACAACCCCGGUGAGUCUUUAUGUCCCGUGGUUUUCUGGAAAUUUCUCCUUUUUCUAUUUAUAUAUCUGAAGUGCAUUUCCUGUGUAGCCACAGACGAGGCCUGAACAGAAUCACGGUGCUCAGGUUCCUUUUCAGUCUGAUGCGGUUUGCAUGCGAGAGCGAAAACAUAAACGCACAUUUAUCAUCAGGCUCAUGUUAGCAAAAUCAGCAGAAAUGCACUGAAGGAUCUAGGAUCUUACGAUGCGGACGAAUGUCAACAAUUGUGUCUGGAUUUAUAUGAUUUUUUCAUCUUUAAUUCAAAGGAAUAUUUCAGCUGUUUUCAAGUGUUUUUGUGUAAAAUUAAUAACUGAAUCAGUCAUAAAAAGCCUCUGAAAAGAAUCGUGUAAUCCUCCAAGGCUGACGGGCUAACAGCGAGUUGUCGUCUUAACCAGCUCCAGUUGCCCACGCUUUAUCAUUUCAUGAAUGUGUUUGGAAUAAUCAAAAUGUAAUUUAUUUUCAUAGAAUUGUUUGUUUAUUUACACGUGUAAAUAUUAGCAUGUAGCACGUCUGCUGAACCCAGUGGUCGGGUUCAGCAGUAAUAUCUUUUGUUGAAAUAAGUUUUUAAACCUCACAUUCUCACGAGUCUCUGUAAACUUUUUAUAGAUUCAAGCAGUCAGGAUGGGAUCUGUAUUUCUUCAAACAGAGGUUAUUCAGGAUGAUGAGUAAAAAUGAUAGUUUUACACAUAAAAACACAUAAAAAUGGCCAAAAUGUCCCUUUAAUCGUUCUCAGAAUUAAACGUUUCAUGUUUCGUAUUAAACUAAAUGUUUUUCUCUUGGCUGUGAAGACAGUUGAAUGCUAUAUUAAUUUAAAAAUGAAUUGUUUAAGCGAAGAAAACCACGUUGUUCUGUGGGAUUUUGUUUUUUGCUUCAUUUAAGCCCACAUGUGAAAAUUAAAAUUUGAGUUUUAGAUUUGGUGCCAUUUCCAGCUUGUUUUUGUUGUUUUUAUAAAUCCAUGUGAUUGACGAGAAUGAAUACUUGGCAGCAUGUGUCCUAGUGCACGUUUGCUUGACUGUUGUGAGCUGGGCUUUAAGUGAACAUGAAUUUCUGCACGAGCGAGCGCGGGGCUUCAGAUGCAAAUCAGAACAUCAAUAAAGUCUAUUUUUACUGCCUGAA